AUGCCGGUCGUGGUCAUCUUCCUUGGACUGAUGGUCGCCGACCGCUUCUAUAGGAGAAGCAAGCAUGCCGCCAUCCGAGUUGCUUCUCUCGUUGUUUGUUCCAUCUGUGCUGGUGCAGCCAUUACCGAGAUGCACUACCUUGGGAACAACGGUACUACGAACUACCACCUGCAGCUCAGCUGGCCGCAUAUAUUUGGUGCUUCGGGUAUCGCAGUAGGCGCUAGUCUGCUGUCUUUCGGACUCUUCUUUCACUGGAGUGGCUUAUGGCUGAACAACAUCUUCAGACGUGCUGUGGUUGCUUGUUUCCUGGCUUUGGCUGUUUCCGGUAUGCACUGGACCGCUGCGGCUGGUACACGGUACGAGGUACGAGGCUAUCAUGACGGAUCCGGCAAAGAACGAAACAUAACCCUUAUCAUCGCCCUUUGCUUGUCCCUGAGCGCUUGCGCUGUUUGCUUCCUCCUCGGUUGUCUGAAGCAACGCCACCGCCGACUGCUCAAGGAUCGAGCGCAGCAGGUUGUCCUCGCAUGCGCUACAUUCGAUGAAGGUGGCAGGCUACUAGUCAGUCAGGGUGGCCUUUUGCCUUGCCAAACAAUCACCCGGCAGUUCCAACAGAGGACGUUUGAUGAUGAGUUCAACGCGUCGCAUCCUGUGUUUCAAUGGAUCUUCCGAGUGUCUCGUCACUGGGGAGGAUUCCUUCAGCUCGAGGACGAUACAACCUACUCUGCUACCUUCCGAGAGCUCUUCUGCGUCACAGCUUACGAUAUCGCAAAGACACUCGAUACCGGUCUCCACAACCUCGGAAACCUGUACGAAGAAGUCGUAACUACAGGCACUUCCAUGUCGAUAACAAGAACGGUUUUCAAGGACACAAAUGGCAGAAAGGAGAUCCUCGCAGCCGAUGUGGCUAACAAGGAUAUGGAGACUGGCAUGGCCAACCCAAUUCUUUUUGGACGGGGACAAAUGUUGGUCUUGACAAAGAAGGCCGAUUUGAGCGAAGUGAAACGUCUGCAGAACCUCGGUUACCACUUCGCCAACGUUGACCAGGUCGGCGACAACCUUGCCCGUAGUUUGCAGGUCUCUCGGGAUGAUCUGCACGACAUGGUCGAUCGUUGGCAUGCGUACACGGAGAGGAUGCCUUCCAUCCCGACAAGUGGAACGUACCUUGCAUCGUUCCUUCUACAACCUGCACCAGGCAUGCGAGGCCUGGACGUCAUUGUACCCCGAGCAAACCCGGACGGGCUGCCAAUGGUUAAGAUGACGGACAGGGAACUCUCUGCAAGGGAACUGAAGCUUCUGGCAGGCUUCAACGGCCUAUCACUUGACGAAUGCCUUGCACGCACAGGGCAACGUAGCGACACGGUGACCGAAGGUGAGGAUGAGUUCUUGGAAGGAUUCCGUUAUUCUUUGCUCGACCUCUUGCAGCAUGCACCCGAGUCGGCACUGCACAGUGCCAUCUUCUCCGCAAAGCAACUGGACAUCGCUCAUGGCAUGGGUGGCCAAAAGGAGCGAAGCCCAGCGACAGUGUUUGCUUUCUGUGGUAUCAAGGAGAUCUACAUCCAGUCCCUUCAGAGUCUGACUUUGAAGUGCAUUCCCAUGUCUGUUUUCCAGACCUAUCUCAGGUCAUACCCCGGCUCUCCAGACCAUCAGAUCCUAGCGAUCAGGAACCACAAAGAGUUCGCCAUGCUUACACAGACUCCUUCCAUCCCCAAGGAAGCCACCCAGCGCAGCAGCAAAUGGCACCUCAAGCUACGUCCGUACCGGUCAACGACUUCCGACAUGACCCUCCAGCCCGACUCUAUUUCUGAGAAGGGCUUGGUGAACUCGGCGUCACCGUGCGCGGAUGCGAGCAGCAGUCACCCGUGGGGAGGCAUCAUGGUGACGUCGACCCAGCAGAUCACCCACGAUGAGUCGAAGAGCGGAGAGGCCACGAUAGAGAUGCGAGACAUGGGCGUCAGAUCCGAAGCCGGUGUUGCCGAUACAGAGCAGCAGACGCUGGCUGACAGACUGAUGUCCAUCACGACCGCGUUCCGCGACCCGCAUGCUACCAGGGCAUCACCAAAGGACCUGUACUAUGGAAGAAGAUAG